AUGGCUACUAGUGAAUCAUCGAAUGAAAGACGACAGAAUCUUCUUCCAAACGAAGUUUCAAAAAACAAAGAAGAUAUUCAGUUAAUUUGGCUUGAUGGAAAUAUGAAUGAUUCACAUGACUAUCUUCUCACUCAAUCUAUGUUAACUGAACUCAAUCCAGCUGUUCAGUUUUAUUCUCAUUUUGAUCGAUGUCUCAAUUUAAUCAAAGCAAUCAAACAUGAACAAAUCUUUUUUAUUGUUUCAGGUGCUUUUGCUGAACAGAUACUUUUACAAAGUCAUCAUCAUCGAUCUUUGGUCGCUAUAUUUAUUUUUUGUUCUAAUCAUCAACGUUAUAAACCAUUAAUGAAAGAAUAUAAUAAAAUCAUCGGAAUAUUUACUAAACAACAUGAUUUAUUAGAAUCAAUCAAACAAAAAAUGAAUCUAGUUGAAAAACAAACAUUAACAUUUAGUCUUUUUGAUCAAAAACAAAAGUCAAUGAAAGAUUUAUCACAAGAAUCAGCAUCAUUUCUGUUACAUCAAAUGUUAAUCUAUGUUCUAAAACAAAUGUUACAAGAUGAACAAUCAAAACAACAAAUGCUCGAUAUGUGUCGUAAUUAUUAUAAGCAGAAUAAAAAAGAACUAAAGAAGAUUGAAGAAUUUCAACAGACUUAUACACGUGACAAAGCAAUUGAAUGGUAUACUGAUGAGUGUUUUCUUUAUAAACUAUUAAAUAAAGCACUUCGAACUGAAGAUAUCGAAUUACUCUUUAAUUUUCGAUUUUUUAUUAUUGACUUAUGUUCAGCUAUUGAACAAGAAAAUCAACUUCUGAAAAAUAAUGGAACAUUAACUUUGUAUCGUGGAACACAAAUUCCAAAUGAAGAAUUUGAAAAAAUAAAAGAAAACAUUGGUAAAACUAUUUCAACUAAUGGAUUUUUAUCAACAUCACGAAAUAUCAACGUGUCACUUGUAUUUAUUCAUAUGAAUGUUCAAUCAAAUGAUUUUACAUCAGUUUUAUUUGAAAUUAAAGCAAAUCCACUAUUGAGAACAGUGGUUUUUGCUGAUGUUGGAGAUAGAAGUCGAAUAAAAGGUGAAGAAGAAGUUUUAUUCAAUCUCAAUGCACUCUUUAAGAUUGUUUCUGUUUGUUUUGAUUCCAAACUUACUGUAUGGAAAGUCGAAUUGAAUGCAACUGAUGAAGGUGCAGAAAAAGUUGAAGAAUAUCUUGCAUUAUCGAAACAACAGAUGGAAGAAUACACACCACUUAUUUAUUUUGGUCGACUUCUCAUGAAUGAAUUAGGUCAAGUAGAUCGUGCAGGAAAAUAUUUUAAUAUGUUACUGAAAUCACUUCCACAUGAUCAUCCUGAUAUUGCAUCUGUUUAUAAUAAUAUUGGUAUAGUACAUGAAGAGAGAAAUGAGUUGAAUUUGGCAUUGAAAAACUAUAAGAUAGCUUAUGAGAUGCGUCAAAAGCAACUACCUUCAAAGCAUUCUCAUAUUGCUGGUUCACUCAAUAAUAUUGGUGGCAUUUAUAGAUUAAAAGGUGAUUUUAAUACAGCACUCGAUUAUUAUCAGCAAGCUUUGAGUGUUUAUAACAAAUUAUAUCCUGGUAAUAAUCUACAAAAAGCAAGGACAAUCGAAAAUAUUGGGAGAUUAUACGAAGAUAUAGAAGAUUUCGACUCGGCUCUUGUUUAUUUGUCUCGUGCUCUCGAUAUGUAUAAGCAUGUUCUCCCUCAUCAACACUCUGAAAUAGCAUCAUGUCUUGGUGGAAUAGGCUAUACUUAUGAGAAGAGAGGUAAUUUAGAUAUUGCUCUGGAUUAUUAUCAACAACGAUUAAAUAUGGAAGAACAAUGUUUACCUUUCGACCAUUCAAGUCUUUCAGAUCAUCUUGGUUGGAUCAUCGAUACUUAUAAAAAGAUGAAUGAGAUUGACAAAGCUUUGGACUUGUGUCAACAAAAGCUUCUUAUUCAAAAAAGUAGAUUGGGUGAAAAUCAUCCUCGUAUUGCUCAAACAUUAAUGAUCAUGGCUGAUUUAAUUAAGGACGACAAUCCAAACGAAGCAUUAGAAUACUAUGAACAAGCUCUAUCUGUAUUGGAGAAAUGCACACCAUCUGAUUACCAAGUCACUUCUGAGUGUUUGACAUCAAUGGCUUGUUUAUAUUCCAAGUAUGAUAUGAUGGAGGAUGCAUUACGAUGUGACCUUAAAGCACUUGAAAUUGAUCGUCAAACAUUGUCUUCUGAUCACAUUAACAUCGCAAACAGCUUGAGUAAUAUUGGUCUAUGUUAUGAAAGAAUGAACAACUUAUCCGAAGCACUUCGUUAUUUCAAUGAAAGUCUUUCGAUCUAUCGAGCUAAUUAUGGACCAGAACAUGAAAUGGUGAAGAGAGGUGAAGUAAACAUUAUCAGAUUGAAAGAGAAACAAUUACCGCUACCGUCCCAUAUGAAGAAGAAUAAAAAAAACUCAAACAAUAACAAAUCGUCCACCAUCGUUAACAGUAAAGAAUGUUUAAUUCAAUGA